ACGUGAGCCGCUCGGGGGACCCCGCGCCGGGGCCGGGCCGCUCCCAGAGCCGCGGCCGAGCCGGCGGCGCCGCAGCCCCGGGCCAUGCGGCCGCCGCCGCCGCCGCUGCUGCUGCUGUUGUUGCUGCUCGGCGGCCGCGGCGCCGCGGCGUCCCCAGCAGACUCCCUUUCCCAGCUCCCUGCUCCUCGAAACCCGAAGGUUCACCUGUACAACGCCGAGCGGGUUCUGAGCUGGGAGCCAGUGUCCCUGAGCAAUGACUCGAGGCCCGUGGUCUACCAGGUGCAGUAUAAAUACGCCUCUGGCAGUCAGUGGUACGACUUCAGUGUGGACAGCAUAGGUGUGAACUGUAUGAACAUCACCACGACGGAGUGUGACUUCACCCCAACCAGCCCUUCACAGGAGUUCCUACCACACUUAAACGUCUCCUUGCGUGUCCGAGCUAAGGUGGGAGACCUGGUUUCCACCUGGGUCAGAGUGCCAUGGUUCCAGUACCUUAGGAAUGUGACCGUUGGGCCUCCUGAAAACGUUUGGGUGACUCCAGGAGAAGGCUCCCUUGUCAUCAGGUUUUCCUCUCCCUUUGACAUCUCUCCCUCCUCUGCCACUUUUUUGUAUUACGUCCAUUACUGGGAAAAGGGCGGAAUCCAAAAGGUUAAAGGCCCUUUCAGGAGCAACUCCAUUGUGUUGAAUGACCUGAAGCCCUUAAGAGAAUACUGUUUACAAGUCAAGGCGCAACUGGUUUGGACAGUUUCAAAGCUCUCUAGACUCGGACAUUUAAGCAACGUAUCUUGCUACGAAACAGCAGCAGAUGCUACUACCAAGCUUCAGCAAAUCAUCAUAAUUGCCGUGGGAAUCUUUCUGUUGCUGUUGGCACUGGCAGGGGCCUGUUUCUUCCUGGUCCUGAAAUACAAAGGCCUGAUAAAAUACUGGUUUCAUUCUCCACCAACCAUCCCAUUACAAAUAGAAGAGUAUUUAAAGGACCCAAGCCAGCCUAUCUUAGAGGCCCUGGACAAGGACAGCUCGCCAAAGGAUGACACCUGGGACUCUGUGUCCAUAGUUUCGUUUCCAGAGAAGGAGCGAGAAGAUGUUCUCCAAAGCACUUUGAACUAAAACUCUGGUCCAGCCAGCCAGCCUGUGGGAUGAGAGCUCUGAGCCAUUGAAGCUGCUGACGUUCCUGUCAGUACUUUACGGAGCCCUGCAUUCCAUAGUCCUGCCCCCAGAAGCCCGAUGGUGCCUUGGAAGAUGUAACGGGUCUCAUGGGGGAGGCACACUUAUUUUUUUUUCCUUUAAACUAAGGGUUUUCUAAUCAUACAAGUUUCCAGAAUUAUUAUACAGAGAUAUCCCAGAAAAGUUAAGAUUUCUCUUAAACACUAAAAAGCCAUGCAAUUAUUUGUCAGCAAAACAGCUCUGACACACCUGAUGUUUUGCUCAUUGGCAGCCGGGACACAGGGUCCUCUCCUUGACUGGACCCCUCAAGCAGAUCACAUAACCUGUCUGUCCCAGCCUGUCCCAACAAGGGACAAUGAGUGGCCCUUCUUCAUAUCCAGUCUCUCAGCUUAAAAUGUGAUUAGUCCUGUAAAUAUUAUCCUGCGAUUUAAGCCUUUUUUUUUUUUCAGGCUAGGGAAUAAAAGAUUGUGUAAUUAA